GCCGCCGCCGCAGCCGCAUCCUCUGUUGCAUCCUCCAGUCCGAGCAUGGCAGCUUGAGAAGGUCUUCUCUUUUUUUUCUUCUUUCUUUCUUUGGGUUUUGCUUCCUUCGCCUGCCUGCCUGCCAUGACCCGCCCGCUGGUUGUGAUCCACUCGGCGGUCCUGUUGCUCUUCGGAAGCGACGUGUUCCUGGUGAGGGCAAAUCGGCCGCCGGCUCCCGUCAACGUGUCCGUCAUUCACCUCAGCUCCGACUCGGCGACCGUCUCCUGGGAGGUCCCCGAGGGGGACGUCGUCAUCGGCUUUUCAGUCUCGCAGCAAGUAAGUGUGCAAAUAUCAAGGUACUUGAAAGUGGAGGUCUUCACGCUUCUCCUUCAGAGGCAGGACCGGCACACGCAGCGCUUCAUCCGGGAAGUCAACACCAGCAGCCGAGCUUGCGUCCUGUGGGACCUGCAGGAGGACACGGACUACGUGAUCCAGGUGCAGUCCAUCGGCCUCUACGGCGAAAGCCAAGCCAGCGAGAAGGUCCACUUUCGCACGCUCAAGAAGACCGAGCGCUUUCCCUCCAACAGUUCCAACCAAGAUGACCCAACAGUGCAGGGCCUGGAGAGGUCACGACAUCUGCAGACAGGAGAGCUCAUCAUCAUAGUGGUGGUUUUGCUCAUGUGGGCAGCCGUCAUCGCCCUGUUCUGCCGCCAGUAUGACAUCAUCAAGGACAACGACUCCAGCAACAACAAGGAGAAGGUCAAGCCCACGUCGGAGAGGAGCACGCCGGAGCACCGCGUCGGCAAGUUUCACCCAUCCGUGCCGUCCAUCAACAUCAUCCAAGUGUGACGCCCAUCGAAAGAGAACACAAAUGCAACACACAACCUCGGGGAGCGCAGCGGCAUCAGUGUAAAUUUGCAUCUUUUGAUAGAAGCAAUGCUACUCUUUGCAAUAAUCAAUACAGUCGAGGUUUGAGCAUUUUACUUUUUGGCAUUAGUGAACUUUAUCAUACUACAACAUCCUAGAAAACACGGUCCGUUGCAAUAGCAAAAUCAUAUUUCAUGUUCCACAUACCGUGCUGGAUGGACUCUGCUGACCUGCAUGCAAGCCAUCUGCCGGUAGAGAUGCGUCUUGCUAAAUUGAACACCAGAUCAACAAAAAAAAAAAAAGACAACUGUGUCAGAGUUCAUGUGUGUACAUUUCUCAUUUGUGCCAAAUAAAACUUUCCCAUCUCAAA